CAUGAGGAGAUCGCUAACCAUCCGUCAAAGGCUCCGGUUUAAGCAAGCCGGCGAGAAACUAGCAACAGAAAAAAAGGGAGAAAUCAUCAAAUGGUAACUUGGCCGUCUUGCCAAGACCAACAAGCAGGUUGCGGCCAGGCACGCCACGUCCGAAACAUGGCAGACGGCAAAACCCUGCGGCAACCCAUUUGUCAAGCCAAAUUUGUGCUUGUGCUUGCUCUGACGCCGUACAAGGAUAUCAUAUGGCAGCAAGAGAGGCGUGACGGGGCAUUGCUGAUAACAAGCCCGGGGAUACCCAUGAUGAUACUGGUGACGAUGCUAGCCUUGUCUAGAACCAGAGGAUGCCCAGGGAAUCUAGCCCAGAUAGUCAACCGGGGUGCAUAAGCGAUACCACAAACUCCGGGUAACCUGUACGUUAGUUUGGGCCCCGGAUGGGCAAAAAAAAACGCUCCCUUAAUCUUGCCAUUCACACAUGCCCACCACCAGGUCUUCACCUUUUGUCACCCAACCCAACAGCACCAAAGCCAUCUAUACAGUACGAGUGUUAGGCCCGGUUGCUCUGCUCCGCACUCGCUGCUGAAUCAUUGCGUCUCGGGACUCUGGUUCUGCCUGACUCUGUAUGGGGUGAGAUAUAGACACGCUCCAUCUCA